CAUUUAUCCAGUCUUUAAUUUUAUCCCACAUCCUCAACGGUUUUAAAUCACCAUUCUUUAACAUUUUUGUUUUCUUUAAUCACAACCAAAUAUUAUACAAUACCCUUUUAUGUUCAAUACUAAUUCUUUACCAUUUUGUUUGAUUAAUUCAUUUUUUUUCUUGAUCCAUUCUGUAAUUUGGUGCAUAAUUGUUACUGGGUUGUAUCUGUUUUCAUGUAAAGAUUGUUUCUUGAUUGAAAAUGAAGCUUGUUGUUCGGGUAAUUGAGGCAAGAAAUUUGCCACCAACGGAUCCUAAUGGAUUGAGUGAUCCGUAUGUGAGAGUGCAGCUAGGGAAGCAGAAGUUUAAGACCAAGGUGGUGAAGAAGAACUUGAAUCCCAGUUGGGGGGAGGAAUUCAGUUUCAGAGUGGAUGAUUUGAAUGAGGAGAUUGUGAUAUCUGUGUUGGAUGAGGAUAAAUACUUCAAUGAUGAUUUUGUUGGGCAGGUUAAAGUGGCUGUUUCCAUCAUUUUUGAUGCUGAUAAUAAGUCUCUUGGCACUGCUUGGUAUGCUCUGCAACCCAAAAACAAAAAGUCCAAGCACAAGGACUGUGGUGAAAUUCAUUUAGGUAUAUGUUUUUCGCAUAGUAAUAAGUUUGUUGAUUCAAACAAUAAUGGUGAUAAUGCACUACAGUUGAGGAAGAAUGUAGAAGCAGUGACAGAAUUGCCUACUCUCACAUUUCGUGAGCCAUCAAACUCAUCUUCUCCUAAUAGGUUGGAGGAAACUGCACCCUGCAAAGAUGAUAAGCCUUGUGUACAAAAGAAUUUUGCAGUGCGAAUUGCUCAAAUGUUUAAUAAAACUUCAGAUGCAGCAACAUCAUCCACUUGCAAUAAAAGUGUUGAAAUCUCUGAGCCGUCAGAAACUGCUGGAACAGAUGUUUGUGAAGAUGAUUCCGAUGAUCCUUCCACUUCUGGUGACUUUGCAGAAUUAUUGAGAGCGAUGGAAUCUAAAGAUUUGGGAAGUGAAAUUCCAAGCAAUCUACCAGGAGGGCUGCUUGUGGACCAAUUAUAUUUGACUGCUCCCCAAGACUUAAACUCUCUACUUUUUUCACCUGAUGCAAGUUUCCCAAGAUCAUUGGCGGAAAUCCAGGGAACAACAGAACAGCAAUUUGGGCCUUGGAAAUUAGAAAAUGGUGGUGAGAGUUUAAAAAGGAUGGUUACUUAUAUUAAGGCUGCUACCAAACUAAUCAAGGCUGUGAAGGCCUAUGAGGAGCAAAGUUAUUUAAAAGCAGAUGGGAAGGUUUUUGCGGUUUUAGCGAUUGUGAGCACGCCAGAUGUUAUGUAUGGUGGCACCUUUAAGACUGAACUUCUUUACUGUAUCUCGCCUGGUCCUGAACUUCCUUCAGGAGAACAAACUUCACAUUUGGUAGUAUCCUGGAGAAUGAAUUUUUUACAGAGCACCAUGAUGAAAGGUAUGAUAGAAAACGGAGCUAGACAAGGUCUGAAGGAAAGCUUUGAGCAGUUUUCAUCUCUAUUAUCCGAGAAUGUUAAGCUAGUUGAUUUGAAGGACUUAGGUUCCACGAAAGACCAAGUUUUGGCUUCAUUGCAGGCAGAACCCCAGUCAGAUUGGAAACUGGCUGUCCAAUAUUUUGCUAACUUUACUGUACUUUCUACAGUUAUUGUUGGAUUAUAUGUUGUUGUCCACAUUUGGCUAAGCCCUUCCAGCACACUUCAAGGGUUAGAGUUUGUAGGACUCGACUUACCUGAUUCAAUUGGGGAAUUCAUAGUGUGCGGCGUCCUAGUUCUUCAAUGUGAAAGGGUGCUAGAGUUUAUUUCCCGUUUUAUGCAUGCCAGAGUACGAAAGGGUAGUGAUCAUGGAGUAAAAGCACAGGGAGAUGGGUGGCUUCUCACAGUUGCCUUAAUUGAGGGAAAUAAUUUGGCUGCUGUUGAUUCAAGUGGCUUCUGUGAUCCAUAUGUGGUAUUCACCUGUAAUGGACAAACUAGAACAAGCUCGAUUAAGUUCCAGAAGUCUGAUUCUCUAUGGAACGAAAUAUUUGAGUUUGAUGCAAUGGAUGAUCCACCUUCUGUGCUGGAUGUGGAAGUUUAUGAUUUUGAUGGACCUUUUGAUGAAGCUACAUCUUUGGGAUAUGCUGAAGUUAAUUUUCUAAAAUCUAAUGUAUCAGAUCUAGCUGAUGUUUGGGUCCCUCUUCGAGGAAAGUUAGCUCAAGCAUGCCAGUCCAAGUUGCACCUAAGAAUUUUCUUGACUAAUACAAGAGGCAACAAUGUUGUCAAAGAAUACUUAAAUAAGAUGGAAAAAGAGGUUGGAAAGAAGAUAAAUUUGCGUUCACCUCAAGCAAAUUCAGCCUUUCAGAAGCUCUUCGGGCUUCCACUAGAGGAAUUUCUCAUCAAUGAUUUUACCUGUCACCUAAAGCGAAAAAUGCCCUUACAGGGUCGUUUAUUUCUCUCCGCAAGAAUUAUUGGUUUUCAUGCAAAUUUGUUUGGGCAGAAGACUAAAUUUUUCUUUCUUUGGGAGGAUAUAGAAGAGAUCCAAGUUUUUCCUCCGACAUUAUCGUCAAUGGGUAGUCCAAUAAUUGUUAUGACUCUCCGGCAAGGCAGAGGUAUGGAUGCCAGACAUGGGGCAAAGACGCAAGACGAGGCAGGGAGGCUGAAAUUUCAUUUUCAGUCAUUUGUAUCUUUCAAUGUAGCGCAUAGGACAAUCAAGGCUUUGUGGAAGGCUAGAUCAUUAACCCCAGAACAGAAGGUGAGGAUUAUAGAGGAAGAAUCAGAAACCAAAAUGCUCCAAAGCGAAGAAAGUGGAUCCUUGUUGGACCUCGAGGAUGUUAACCUCGCUGAGGUUUAUUCUUCUACACUCUCUGUUCCUACAAAUUUCUUAAUGGAGCUGUUUGGUGGGAGUGAAUUGGAGCGCAAAGCUAUGGAGAAAGCCGGUUGUCUUAACUAUUCAUAUACUCCAUGGGACUUGGAGAAGGCCGAUGUGUACGAGAGGCAAAUAUAUUACAGAUUUGAUCAGCAUAUAUCGCAUUAUAGAGGAGAGGUGACAAGUACACAACAGAAAUUCCCCAUGUCUGAUCGGAAAGGUUGGGUUGUACAAGAACUUAUGACUCUCCAUGGAGUUCCGCUCGGUGAAAAUUUUAAUCUUCACUUGAGAUACCAAAUUGAGGAUUUGCCGUUAAAACCAAAAAGCACUUACGUGCGCGUAUUCAUCGGAAUUGCUUGGCUGAAAAGCACUAAGCAUCAGAAAAGGAUUACAAAGAACAUUCUGUCUAAUCUAGAAGAUCGGCUGAAGGUGCUUUUCGGUGUGACUGAAAGGGAAUAUGCGAAGAAAUAGGAAGGAAACAAAAUGUAUCGAUGUUUAAAUUGUUGGCUUGAACUCAGCUCCUGCUUUCUGCACCAAACACAUUCUCUGUUCCUGAUAUUUGUUGGAACGUAAAAAGCGAAAACAUCUCCGGUGGCUCAUUCAGGUAGAGAUCAGUUUGUAAAUACUUGUACCUUUUGUGUAAAUUCAUUGGAGCUGCGUCGCUUCUUUUUCUAAUUCAUGGAUUAUAGUUAGAUGUAUACAUUAAUUUUCAACCGUUUCUGUUCAUACAAUGUAGUAGAAUAAUUUACAGUUUAGCUGUAGUAUAUACUCAUUUACACCAAA